CUUCGAGUACUUUUAUUAAUUAUACAUGAUAUUUUGGACUAAACGUAACAACAUAGGAAUGGGGUUUGUUUUUAACUAUUUUCAUAAACAGUGAUGGAACUGAAAAUUGACCGUUAGAGGACGCUGUGGCUCAAGUUAAUCGCCUUUGGUUUGGUUUGAAGCAAACUGUCGCGAUAACUCACGGGAACUCGAUUCAAACUACGGCGGGUUGAGACGGACGAUACUGUUGUAGAGAAGAUGCCUCCAGAGGAGGAGAAUGAGCUGCUGCGUAGCCAGCUGAAGGAGAGCGAGGAACAGGCUCGUCGGGCCGCCCAGGCAGGCCUGGACCUGCUGAAGCAGCAGGAUGAGCUCCAGGAGCGGCUGGAGGAGCAGAGGGUGGAGAUGACCAACGCUCUGGAGGCUCUGGAGCAGGACAAGUACUCCCUGCAGAAGGAGGUGGGGCUGAAGACCCGGAUGCUGGAGUCUCUGCAGUCGGAAUACGAGAGCAUGAAGAACCUGCAGAAACAGCAGCUUCAGGAACAUCUGGAGAGGAGCCACAGCAUGGCUCUGACUGAGCACCAGAACAAGAUCCUGAGGCUGCAGUCUGCUGUGGAGGAGUUCCAGCUGAGUGAAAAUCAGCUGAAGCACAAGCUGAAGGUGCAGGCCGAGAUGCUGAGCAGCAAGAUGGAGGAGCUGCGCGCACUGAACGAAAACACACAGAGCUCCAUGACGACAGAGAUGAUGGAGGUGCAGCUGAAGACCAUGGAGCUGGAGAGCGCUAAGGUGGAGCUGGAGCAGACCCUGCAGGAGAGUCGCUACAGAGAGCAGCAGUUGGAGCUGAGCAACAGCCGUCUGCAGAGACAGCUGGAGCGCCUCACUGAGGAGAAGGAAGAGAGGGAGAGGGAAGCUGUGUCCUGGUUCAACACCCUGGAGAAAUCUCGAGAACUAAACCGGGAUCUGCAGAUCCAGUUGGAUCAGGUUCUUCAGCAGGCCCAGGAUCCAAACAGCCGGGGCAAUUCUCUGUUUGCUGAGCUGGAGGACAAGAGAGCUGCAAUGGAGAGACAGCUCAUCAGCAUGAAGGUGCAGCAUCAGUCACUGCAGAAAAUGCACGCCUUCAGUAAGCAGCAGAUGCAGCGCAUGAAGGUCCAGAUUGCCACUCUGAUGCAGCUGCAAGGCUCCAGGGCUGACCCUGCUCAGCUGGAGAGGCUGCAGUCCAUGCUGUCGGAGAAGAACACCGAGAUCCAGACUCUGAUGACCAAACUGCAGAGGCUGGAGAAGAGGGAGACAUUGCUGAAGUCUCAACCAACCAAUACCGUCCAAGCAGAAGCAGUUGGUGGUCAGGAUGAAACGUACUACACUGACCUACUCCAACUCAAGCUCAACAACUCUGUUAAGGAAGCCGAGCGACUGGGAGAUGAGCUGUCCUUGCAGAGGAUGAAGUCUCUGUCAGAGAGCCAGAGAGCGCUGGAGCUGGAGAGGAAGCUGUUUAUGUCUGAGCGGCUGCUCAAACAGGCUCAGAGUGACAAGAUCAAGCUGCAGCUGCGUGUCGAGGAGCUUCAGCAGAAAUAUGAACCCAAAGAGGUGAAGAGGAACCCUGUCCAGAGGAAAAGAAAGGAAAAGCUACCUGUCGAAGUGAAGCCUGAACCUGACGGGAGCACUCACGGAGAGCAGGUUGUUGCUGUGGAGACUGAGGAGACGGACAAUAUGAAAGUGGGCCGUGAAGAUGAAAACAGCCCUGGAGAGAUAACAGUUGCUGCUCAAGCACCUGAGCCUGAACCUGAGCUGAAACCUGCCCAGUGUGUGAAGAUCAGCUCUGCUCAGCCUGAUGUGAUCCCCAGUCCCAGCUGGCCUGUGACUGACCAGAAGGAAGAGACAAAGAACAAUCAGCACAACAACCAGGAAGUGAGGAGAAAGAAACCAAAAACAGAGGUGAUCUACGUCACUUCUAAUAACACCAUGGAGAACCAGUGCGCCCAGCAGUAGAGGUCUCCAUCACCCCAUUAAACAUGGGUGUGUGUGUGUUGUGUGUGUGUGUGUGUGGUAAUAGUGGAACUCUCGGGAGGCUCUAAAAUGUUGGAUAUUUCUGUUCCUAAGUUAUAACCAUGUUUUCCAGAACUUUACUGCACAUCUGUUAGCUCUGUGUUUACAUAUUAAAGAAAUUUUACAACUUCUAGCACUGUGGCAGGUGUUAACACUUAA